AAAACUAUGAGUUUAUAAAAUUAAAUUUAGGGUUUCAAAAUGAAUGAGGAUCGGAGCAUAACUGCUCAGCUAAAGGCCCAGGUCCGGGACUUGCAACAAAGUCUCAAGAUAAACAAAGAGCUUAUGCAAAAUGUGUUGCUGGAGGGUAUCACAGACCAAUCUGUGAAGGACCUAAUCCAGAGGUUGGAGAAAGAGAAUAGCCGAUUAAGCGUAGCUUUAAAUAAAGAACACAAAGAAAAAAUCCAGCUUUAUGAAGCUAUUAAAAAGCGCAAAGAGCAAUUUGACAAAGAUCACGAGGUUAUGAAGGAUAAGGAGCAAAAGUUCGAUGCUUACCUAAAGAAUUUCAGGAAGGAUCUAGAUGAGCGUAAAAGGACUAUUGACAAACAAGCAAAAACUAUUGACAAAUUAAGGCCAAUGGCUGAAAAAUUUGAGAGGGAAGGAGAGUUAAGGGUCAGGUCUCCACCGGCUUCUAAAAAGGAUCCUCCACCAACAGAGAACGGGAAUAAGAAUUCCAAUACGAGCAUGGAGUCAGUCGAAAUUGAUGAAAUCAUCAAUGAAAAUGAAAGACUCACUAAAGAUCUGAAGAAGGCAAACGAGGAAAUUGAUAGGCUCAGGAACAACCUCUGAGACGUAUCAGAUAUUGUCGGGGAAACCAACGCUCUUGGAAAAACAUUUGACUAUGGCUCUGGGAUGUAUACUUCAGGAGAUGCUGAUAAUCCUAACUUUGGGAAGGACCUCAGCCAGACCUUUGACAUGGGGCUCAAGCCUGUCGUCAUUCCCAUGCUUGAUAUGAAACGACUGAAUCACGUUAAAACCUUUAAAGAUUGGUAUGGUUAUUCCCAAAAAUUAGAAAAGUCAUUAAAGCUGUUGCUCGGCAGGAUCAAAAGCUUGCAGAACGAGCGGGCUGACUUUACUAGUAAGCUGAUGAAAGUCAAGAGCCAAAACCAAAACUUAUAUAAAUUAAACGAGAAGCUUAACAACACUAUAAAGAAGUUGAAUAUCAGGCUGAAGGAAGCAUCCAAUUUGCGACAGAGAUUCGAGAUGACAAUGCCUUCAAUGGGCUCUAACUAUGUAAGCUUUACUAUGAGUGAUAACCAUAAGACUGCUAAGAAUAAGAAAAACUUUAGCAACAGUGACAUGAAUGAUAAUGUUGAUGGCCUAAACCGUAGCUUUUGUACUAGCGACAUAGAGAGUCAAUCAAAUUUAGCCAAAGAAGUUAACCAAUAUCUCCAAAACUCUUCAUGAAGAGGCAAAUUUAGCAGUGACAGAAACUAUGCAGGAAAUCUUUGAGACGAUAAGAUGAGCCAAAGGGGUAAUAAGUAUAACAAAGUUCAGUCAUCAGAUUGGUGAAACGAUCCCGGUUCAGAAGAUAAAGAAGCCUCAACCCAACACAAAAAGUCUCAAUGCCUGUCUAAUGAUAGGAUAAAGGAGAGUCAGAGCUUCCUAAACUCAGGCUUUAAUGAGCUUAUGGAGUCGCCCAAUUUCAUGGGAGAAAAGCAAUUUAACCUCAAUAGUGAAAAUAAGGUUGCUAAGAGUCGGAUCAAAAAGAAACCUCAGGAGGUUACCAAAUACAAGGGGAGGAAGAAGAAGAGAAAGGUGGUGAAGAAAGCAUCAGAGACAUUUUCUGACCGUCAGGACCAGUGUACUGCACCUCAAAAGUCUAUUAUCAGGAAAGCUAUUAAGCAAUUUAAUUAG